UGUAGUGGGAUCAUUCCAGUUUCCACACCCUUGCCUUAUAAAAUGUAGUCUGCCAGGAACUAUUAUUAUAAUAAUUAUUAUAAUUAUUGUAACCUCGUCGAUCUACAUUGUACUAGUACAGCUGAGACUGUGAGACCGUCGAGAUGAGUUGCUUAGCUCGAGCAGGGGCAUGGCGGAGUAUUCCCAGCAUUACUAGCACUGGAUCUACGUCCUGUGCAUCUUUGCGAUAUCUGCCGAUUAUGCCAACGUAUAGAACGAGAGAGACGGACAGCUCCAAGCCUAGGCCCAAGGGCCGCAUAACUAUGGAAGUGGCUGAGAGAGCACAUUUCAAGACCCCAACGCCUCUAACUAAAGAACAGGUUACCAUCUUGCAACAGAACUUGAAACGUGGGGCGCUUCACGCGAGCAGGCAAGGCUGGCGUUCGGUUCCCAUCAAGGAAUACACGAAUGUGCUGAAUCAGGCCUUCAACGGCAAGUGGGCAAUGAAACGCUUGUCGUCAGAACCCACACCAGUUAAGUCGUCUGAUCUCCUUAUUCAAGACUGGGGGCUAUUUGUCGACGGGCAGUGUCUUGCUGAAGCUGCAUCUCUUGUUAAACAAUACCCUGGUAUGAAAAGGAACAGAGCUAUCGAAAAGAGUUGCUACAAUGCUUUGACGUAUUGUUGCAGGGACCUUGGAGUGUUCCCUGAGUAUCAGAUACUUGUUAGCCGGGGUCAAGGUUCAAAAGGGUGAGAACUGCCAGUGAACUGAAACUCACGGUCCCAGACAAGACGCUGCAGAAGGACGCUUUAUUGUAUGGUGUGGUUUUGAGGAGUGACGGAUUGAAAUCCUAGUACAGUGUAUUACCAGAGAGGAAGGCAGUUACCAUGGUUACUGGAUUCUGUUUGCUGUGUGACUUACUACUUUACCUGCUGUGUUUUUAGCUUACCUCUAGUAUUUCAUAGGGCCUUUUUAUUCAGUCCGACUUCUUUGGGUACUAUCAUUGCGUUUUUCCACCUGCUAGUAUUCCAGUGCUUCGAAGUAGUCCUGUGCAUUCUAGUUCUUGCGUGAAACACGGCUAGUGCCGGCAGCACCAACAGUUCUCAUGUGUCCUGCUGAAUGUUUAAAAAAGUGUGUCCUUCAUCGUAGACUGUAUUUAAAUUAUGUGUGUAACUAGUUAGUUGAUAUCUCCCCGAUGGUGAUGUUCCUGAUAUCGCCUGCAUACUGAAGCUGCCAUAGUUGUGUCGAAUGCUUCGUAUUAUCCUGGCCUACUGUACCUGCCAGCUCUGUGUGUUGCGAAAUGGUGUUACUCUGGUGUGGGUAGUUUAAUUUUGUGUGCCUGUAUACGUGUAUAAAUGCGAUGUCCGUGAAGUCUCUUUUUUUUGCUGUAGCUCCGGUGAACUGUUCUUUAAUUUCUGUACACCCAUUAGUUCUUCCUUGUGUUACGACAGGGCCCCAAGGCACCCUGUCGGGGAGCUGGGAGCUCUACCCUGAAGCAAUUGAAAGGCUCGUGUUGUGUCUCCUUGC